AUGGUGUCGCUGCGCCACUACCCAUACCUCCAGGGGCUGCCCGUGGACCUGAUGGGCGUGUUCUUGCGCCGGUUCUGGUGGGGGACGGUCGACGUGCUGAACCCGGAGCACUGCGACUUUGCCGCGCUGCGGACGGCCGUGAUGUUGACGCACAUUAGGCUGCUUAAAAUCCGGACGGAGGUGUUGCACGAGAAGUGCAGGACGGAGAACCUGCUCGUGAGGCGUGCGACGCGCAACAUCGGCUUCGCGCCCAAGCUGGGUUCGAGGCGCAAGGACUGCCAGGCUCAGAAGAGGAUGGAGACCGCCCCUACUCCCCACCAUACGCAUCACAUGAAAUGGAUGGGUUGCAAGAGCACUUUGUUCCUGUUCAUAAUCACGGAACUCUUACCUCUCGCAGCAGCAGUCACAUUGCCGAGGAUCCCCCAACACAUUGGCCAACACUCGACAAAGAUCCAAUCAGUGCGGUAUUUGGCGGUAGUCGCGUUCGAAGGGCACGCGUGUCAACCCUCCUUGACUCCGUACCACCACCAUCCCAAGGUGUGGUGCAAGCCACCUGCUUGUCCUUGGCCCCUGGGCCACUGUGACUCGCUUGUGGUCGAGGAAUAUGGGUUCACAGGCAUGCAGACGUAG